AUGUUCCCAGUCAACGUCAUCGACAAUAUUGUCCGCUUUGCUCUGGCUAAUGACCUAGUCACCCUAGCGCAAGUGGACAAUUGGUUCAAGCAUAGUGUGUACUCCAAGCUUUACCUGACCAUUAUAGUGAUUGAUUCCUGCGACGAAUCCGUCGAAAUCGAGGCACCGCAAAAUUGCACUGUGCUUUUUUCGCACCAGUUGCAUCAAUUUGCAGCCAAUCUCACAGAAAGCAAUUUAGUCUAUUUGCGGGAAAUCGUGGUCAACACCCAUCGGUCCGGGCCCUCGGUGGCUCUUUUGGAGUUGUAUGAAAAAUUGGCGUCUCUCUGGACUGUUUGCUCCCACCAAAUCCGUUUUGUCACCUACGACAUCGUGGCACUUCGUGCGACCGGAUCGCUCAACAACUACUUGGAACAUAACCUGCUUCUGCACUUCGAGGGCGAAGAUGAUGUUUUGACGAGCAAAAAUGGUAAAAUCGUGCGGUUGAAGAACUGGCUCAUGGCAGACAUGUCUCAGUUUCUUCGAGCACCACUCAAUCCAGACCUUGCCCAGUUGAGCUUCUUUGUGGAAAAUAACUUCCAUCAGGAUAGACUCCACUCGAAUGAGGUUCAGGAACCUGUCGAUCUUUCUGUUCCCCGUGAAAACUUGCGUGCUCUCUCAACCUUAUAUCUUCACACCCCACUCUCGUUUUUGAAGUUCAUGCAGAUGUUGCAGGACAUCAAUGCUCCCCAAAUGAAGUUGCGCACACUUUCUUUAACCAGUUCGCACAGACUUGUCAACGAUGCUCAACUCGACUUCCAGAAGAUCAUGCUGCAUUUCGAUCUCAAUGAGGUUGAAGAGCUUGAGCUCCGUAUCAAUUGCGCCCGUCGCCAUGAAUGUGCAGACUCUUGCAUGAUUCAAUUUUUCGAGCAAUGGAAGCGCUACAACAGUCUCGGGGACAAACACACUCGUUUGCGCAAGCUCGCCAUUGUUCACCAUAAAUCCAUGGCCGAACUGUCACAAUUCAAGGCCAUCUUGGAGAACUAUGUAUUUAGUCCACUCUUUGCAGAAAUGCUGGAGCUCUAUGUCAAUUUCUCCAAUAGCUCACGUCCAACUCAGACUUGCUCUAUUGACUAUAAUAAGGUCAUCGCAAACCUUCAUCAUGUCCCCAAUCUUAGCAUCAUCCACUUGUCCAGCUUCUUCUGCGAGUGGAUAUCAGGCGUUGCAUCCCUUUUGAAGGAGCAGAACCUGUCAUUUUACCAUGCAUUGACUAAUAGGUGUGCAUGCCAGCAAUGUAAUGGCACCCGAGGCGCUUUCACCAAGCUAGCUGAGCUUGAUCGUAGUAAUAAUUACAACCACAAAAUCAAAAUGAGCGAUGUCUCCAAGGAUGCUGUCCAAGAAUCGUGGAUUGACUUCAGCAACGAAGCCAACAUUAAGUUCUUGCACUAUAUUGGCAAUGAGCUCCGCAAAGAAGAAGCGACCAUGGAGCAAAAUCUUGCCAGCACCGGCACUAUGCUCGACAUGAAGCAUAUGCCUGUUUUGCAUCAUCGUUCUGUCGAACCAUUCAAGGAGUUGCUUGUUCACUCAUGUUUGUCGGAAAUCUACAACAAGAUGGCAGCGGGCUUGGUCCAUCUUCAAAAAAUUAACUUCGGGGGUAUCACUUUGGGCCACUAA